AUGAAGGAAGAAGUGGAGGAAUACGUAAAAUCGUGUGAUGAUGUUUCGUAUGAUCGUAAAUACAAGGACGUGAAGCCCGUGGACAAACUAGUCUGUAAGCAAAUGUUAAAAGCACUAUAUUUUGUAAAUAGGUUAGGUAAUAGAUGGAAAAAUGAAGAUGGCAUAAUAGAGGAGGAGGCAAAAAUAAGGGAAUAUAUGAGAUGUAUAAUUGUUAGCAUUUUUAUGUACAAGUUGUUAGAAUCAAGUUGUGGAAAAAGGAAAGGCGUGGACUAUGCUGUACAGGUAAUGGAGAACUUGUUGAAAUCAUUCAAAGGUGAAAGUAAGGAGAAUAAUUGUAUGUGGAUGAAGUACAAUGAUAUAAGUAUGGGAGGAAGGGUAGUUGGAAGAACAAUUAGAAGAUGGUUACUGGCCGACAAAAGUAUGAGACAGGAGUUAGGAAGAAUUUGGCGUACUGGAACGUGUCAGAGCCAGAGUAAGUUGAAGAUAGAGAAGAAGCAGGAUGGAGUCCAAAGUGAAGGAAAAAUUAUAGAACUGUUAGAGAAGUAUGGUGAAAAAUUAAAGGAAGAAGAGGAAAAAUCAUGGGAGGAACCUAAUGAACUUCUUGGAUUAUGGAAAGGAUAUGAAAAACAGGAUGAAUGUGCUAAGGGAACCUUCUGCGAACGCACCAAGUGUGUAGCAAAUAAAUGGGUCCAAAACAGAACAACAAAAAAUGGCGUAGGAAAAUCUUAUAGUGACAUGUGGGAUGAUGGAGAUAUAGGGGCAGAUUUAAAGAAACUCUCUGCUGCUAUGACUGAUGAUAGUAAAACUAUGGGGGAUGAAUGUCAAGACUUUGGGGGGAUGAGUAGUACAAAUAAUAGUGCUAAUAAGACGGUAUGUGAGCUCAUCACUGCAGGAUUAAAGCAUAUUUAUGAAAUUAAAGUGGAGGACGGUGAUAAGGAUCCAUUGAACGAUGGAAGUGAUCAGAAGUCCUUGGACAACCAAUUAUUUAAACAAACUAUGUCUUGUGUCUUAUUAAAUGCAUUUGCGGAUAAAAUGAUCGAGCAAACGAAGGGUAAGCCAUGUGCUAUUACUGAGGACACUAUAAAUCGUGCAUUCACUUCUGGAAAUACAAAGAAGGAAGAAUGGUGUAAGGUUGGGGGUGAAGCUAACUGUUUUGAAUGUAUAAGGGAUGCAACUUAUAAAGGUUGUGAAAUAGUUGAUAAGAAGGGCAGCAGAAGCGAAGUAAAGAACGAAGUGGAAAAAAUGUUACAGAAUUCGAAGAAUGCAGAAGCAAGGCAAGUUAUUGAUGCCAUAAAUAACUUGUGUGCAACAACGAAACCAGACAGUCAAGUUGUCAAACCUUCCUCCAAAACAACAGAUGCGUCAAGUCCGGACAAUCCAAUGAGUCCUGAUGAGAAGGCAUUCAUAGAAAAGUUGUCCGAAGAAAAUGUGAAUGAAGGUUAUAUAAGUAGUUUCGGUAGUAUAUGUGGCACUGAGGACGAAGUAACAGGUGGAAUAAUAACAAAGGAGGACCAAAAUUUUUGUAAAAUAAUACUACGAAAUUUUUUAAUGACAACCAUGGAGGACAAUUCUCUAAUAUUUACAGCAGGAAGUGCACGUACGUGGAAUAUUGAUCGUACUGUACGGUGUCAAAUUCUUAAUCUGUGGAUGAAACAAUAUAAAACGAAAAAGAGUUGUGACCCAGAAAAAAUGUAUGAAUAUAUUGAACGUAAUGUGAAGGAAUUGAUGGGGCCCAUAGUGAAAGCAGUAAGUUAUCAGCAGUGUAACUACGGGGCGGAUGAUAGUUCCUAUACAAGCGGAGUAGACACGUCCCUUAAAAGUAAGGAAGAACAAGAGUGGAAAAAAAAGAUAGAUGAAGGAAUAGCGAAGAUGAAUUUAGGGGAUAACUGUGGUAAAACCGUAUAUGAAGAAAAGAAGGAAGCAAACAAAUCGGGGGAAACAAUAUCAACCGAUCAGAAUUCACUAGGGGGGAGCAGCAUCCCACUCAGUAAUAAGCUUAACCCUUUCGACCUCCUUACCCCAUACUUUCCUACAAUCCCUGUGGCUAUUGCUACCUCUGUCAUGAGUUAUCUACUAUGGAAGUACUUUGGAAUGCUUCCUAAGGCAAGAAAGCGUCACAGAAAAGCUUAUCAAGUACGUGGUCCAACGUUACAGGAACAAGUCUUUAGUCAUGUGGACAACCAGGCAGAUGAUCCACAUGCAUAUACCUUAGUAAAGGAAGGCAAACCUCGUUCUACGCCUAUAAAAAGGAGGAAAAGGGAAGGUCCCGGCCGCCGUGUGGGUCGCCGCAUGAUUAUUGAUAUUCAUUUAGAAGUAUUAGACGAAUGCCAAAUGGGGGAUACUGACUUUAUGGAAGAAGAUUUCCUUAAAAUCAUUGUGGAAGAAUUUAUGGGUUCUAAGUUCAUAAAAGAGGAAAGUGUUCUUAAGGAACAAGUUUCAAUGGCUGAUGUUCCUAAGGAAGAAGUUUCUAAGGAACAGGUUCCAAGUUCAGAUUCCAGGUUUACGGUGUAG